GGGACCAGAUGGAAACAUCGCCAUGUCCUUCCUCACCAUCACCAGAUCGGACAUCGACAUCGCUGGGGACAGGAUAAUCACACCGCCGACCAGAGCAGGCGCGUGGACGACGGACAAACAGCACAAACCAUCAUGACCAGCGCACCUGACUCUCCGCUGUCAUCGGACGACCCUCAUCCUAUAUAACGCUCUUCUCCAGCGAUUCAAGCAUGAUAUUCCAUACACCUCCGACGCCUGCUCCUCCGCCUCCAAGAGUCAUGGCCGUCCUCGCAUCGUCAAAUCUCUCCGACGAGAUCAACCGGGCAACCAGGAGUCAGCAUAUCGAACUCAACCGCCUGCUCAUUAAUCGCCUGUCCCUCGCGCUCCCACCGCACUCCUCCACGCCUUUGCUCUACGGCAAGGGUCUAGUACCUUUUGCGCGAAUCUUCCUCUUCUUUGAGAUUGAGUGGGAGAUCCUCAUUCGUCAGGUUCAACAAUCAGAUGGAUAUGGAAAUGAACAUGCGCGCGAAGUGCAGAGAUGGCUUGCCAAUUUACGCCCAGCCGGGCUUGCGCGGACGGCAAGAUUGAAGGAUGAUCUGAGGGAUCUGCGGACGUUGGGAGGAGGAGGGAUCUUUGACACAAUAGACUUGGGCGAGGACUGGAUGAAGAGCAUGAGGAUGACGAUGAGGAGGCAACCGCACGUGCUGGUCGCUUUUGCGUGGGUCUUUUACAUGGCGACUUUCUCGGGAGGUCGCUGGAUCCGACAACAACUCGCCAAUAGUGGCGAUGAGUUCUGGAAACCAGAUACUCCGCAUGAAAAUGACACCAAAACUCCCAACCUCGAACUCCCCGGCUUCACCUUCCUAUCCUUCGACGGCACGCAGGACGGCGAAGACAUCAAAGCCGACUUCAAAUUCCGCCUCGGCAGCGCCGAAUCCCUUCUCACGUUGGAGGAGAAAGACGACAUCAUCCUCGUCUCUCAACAGCUCUUCGAGCGCUGUACGCUCCUCGUCAGCGAGCUGGACCAGAAGGUGUGGCGGGAGAAGCUUCGGAGCUGGAGCUGGCCGAUCGUGAGCUGGAUGUCGAUGGCGGUGUUGACUCUGGCCUUGCUGAGGUAUGUGUGGAGAUUUGUCGGUCUGUAG